AUGAAUUCUACUUGUACAAAGCGUAUCAAACUAGUGAUUGUUGGGGAUAAAGGCUGUGGCAAGACAUCUUUAAUAUCUGUAUUUGCAAAUCAUGGAUUUCCAAGACAUUAUAUACCUGCCAUUCAUGGAGGUCAUGCUGAACCUAUGCAAGUGGAUAGGGAGUCAAUAUCACUAGGUCUAUGGGAUACAGAAGGUCAAGCAGAUUAUGAUCGUCUACGCCCACUUUACUAUCCUAAUGCACAUGUUUUACUUUUAUGCUUUGCAAUUGAUGCACCUGAUUCAUUAGAUAAUGUCCAAGAAAAGUGGAUUAGAGAAUUAGAGACAUUUUGCCCUGAAAUACCUAUUGUGUUAGUAGGAUGUAAACUAGACUUAAGACAAGAUGAAAGAACAUUGGAAGAAUUGGAAAAAAUCUCUCAAGGACCAGUGGAAUACAAACAAGGCUUAGCGAUAGCCAAGACAAUUGGGGCCAAGGCAUAUAUGGAAUGUUCAGCUAAACUAGAUCAAGGUGUUCAAGAACUAUUUUAUCAAGCAGCCAAACUAGCAUUAGACUAUCAAGAGACAAAGAUGAAGACAAAGGCAAAAUGCGUAUGUCAAUAA